UCGCCAUUUGAAUACACGCUGGGCAACUUUCCCUGUGUUCGUCCUUUUUUUAUUUCGGCAGUGUUGUGUCGUCUUCCCUGAAAUUUUCAUAUCUCGCUUCUUAUCCGAUUGUUGAAUUUCCAAAACCCCUAAGAAGACAAGAUGGCUGAGAUGGGGAAAGGGGUCACUGCUGGGAAACUGGCCAGCAACGUGCAGAAAAAAUUAACGCGAGCGCAAGAAAAGGUUCUACAGAAGCUGGGUAAAGCAGAUGAGACUAAAGAUGCCAUGUUCGAGGAGGGUGUGGCAAACUUCAACAAGCAGCUGGCAGAGGGCACCAAAUUGCAGAAGGACCUGAAGGCCUACCUGGCAGCUGUCAAAGCAAUGCACGAAUCCUCCAGACGCCUACAGGAUUGCCUGGCAGACAUGUACGAGCCAGAGUGGUAUGGCAAGGAGGAGGUGGACUCCAUAGCAGAGGACACCGACUUUCUGUGGAUAGACUUCCAUCAGAAACUGGUGGACCAUGCCAUGAUCUCAAUGGAUACAUACCUGGCUCAAUUCCCAGAUAUUAAGGCACGCAUUGCGAAGCGCGACAGGAAGCUGGUGGAUUAUGACAGCGCGAGACAUCACUUUUCCUCCCUACAGAAGGGGAAGAAAAAGGACGAGGUUAAGAUGGCCAAGGCAGAGGAGGAAUUGGGAAGAGCUCAGAAGGUGUUUGAAGAGAUUAAUGUGGAUCUGCAGGAGGAGCUUCCAUCACUGUGGAACAGUCGUGUUGGCUUUUAUGUCAACACAUUCCAGAGUGUGGCGGGCCUGUCGGAGAAGUUCCACAGAGAGAUGGGAAAGCUGAGCCAGAACCUGAACGAUGUCAUGACCAAACUAGAAGAACAGAACAGAAAGGCAGGUAAACAGGGUACGAAGACAGCCGGAUCAGUGAAGAGCGAUCAGGAUGGCACCAACCACAGAUCAUCCAUUCCCAAGUCUCCAUCCAAGGACGACAAGGUUGGAUCCACUUUGGACUCUGCAGACUCUAAUUCUGUCCCUGCUGUGGUGGCAGAUGCGUCUCCAGCGACAACCAACGGGUCUUCAGAACAGGCAGAGAUGCCCCCAGGAUUUAUCUACAAAGUUAAAGCCAUGCAUGACUAUGUAGCCAAUGAUGCAGAUGAGCUGGAAAUGAAAGCUGGCGAUGUUGUGCUGGUCCUGGGCUUUGACAACCCAGACGAGCAGGACGAGGGCUGGCUGAUGGGAAUACAGGAGGCCCGCUGGCAUCAGAACAAAGAUCUAAAAGGCAAAGGAGUGUUCCCAGAGAACUUCACUCAGAAGUUGUGAGCUGGACGUCCCAACUCUGUCUUCCUUUCCCCUACCAUUCGUAUGCACAAGGAGCCUGGCGGGAAGUUGGAUUUGAGACCAGGAAAAACCGCACCAUCAGCUUAAACAGCAGCAAACCCAGCAUUCAUCAUGUGCACCUGUUAAUUGAUUUGAGUUGAGUGUUGUGAGGUGGUGGUGAGUUUGAUUUCAUGUUACUGUUUGAUUUGUGGUUUCAUUCAUUUUCUUCAAGGUGGGGUUUUAGGGCAUUAGAGUGUGUCCGCUGUAUUACCACAUACAUCAUUUCACCCUGCCCUUGCUUAAGCCCGACAUCCUAUGUAAACUGUAGGCAUUGGAUCCUGCUCCGUCUUAGAGUUGCUGGUAGAUACUCCACCACAUUGCUGAACCCUUGACCUCCCUGACCCAGGGGUCAGCCACAGUAACAUGACAGCGAAGUCACCAGAUGCCAGAUCUGUGUUUGUCAUGUUCAGCCUUCGACACCUGCAGCUCAAAGGGCUCCAGAAGCUCUCCUGCGCUCCCUCUGCUUUUGGUUUUACUGUUGCUUUCAUUUUUUUUGUCAUUUUUUUCCUGUAAUUAUCUGAAAUCGUCAACAUCCCCAAACAAAAGCUUUUGAGAAGGGAAAAGGGAAAGGACUCAUGGGUACGUUAUAAAUGACAUUUAAUAACAGAAUGUUUCAACAGUAUGUUAUGGUAAAAAAAGAAGUUUUUUAAAGAUGCAUGACAUUCUGUUGUACUUUAGUUUGUAGCAGAAUUGAGAAUUUUAUUGUAAGCAUUUGAUAAUCAGAUUUGUUCCUGGGUGUGUUAAUGUCAUCGAUGUGAGACGUCCUUCUCCCAAAGACUGCUGCACGUAAAUAUCCUCAAAGGAAAAUUAGAAACCAUGACCCUGAAGGUGAGCUAUCAUUUUGGCCCCCAGCCAGCUUUCAUUUCUGGGCUGAAGAGAGAUUUAUUCUGUGACAUGUAUGGAGUUUCCCCUCACCCCCCUUCCCAUCUGAUGAGCUGUUCCCAUUUUCUCUGUCUCUCCUCUGCCUGUGAAACCAGGCUGGGUACUCCAACUGAACACCAGCUAGUACUCACCCACUGUUAGUCGUAUGCAAUUGAAUGAAAAGAUGCCCACUUUUUACCUUUAGAAAUUUCCACAUAUACUGUAGCAGCUGAUCUACAGUGAAAUAGUUUACUUCUCCAAGGGCUUCCUCAUGUAUUCCAAAAACAGUUGUUUCCUUGAGAUUCAAGAAAUCAGUCGCAAGCAUGAUGUUAUAAAAGAAAUCCAAGUUGCUGGUUGGUCCUAAGAGAGCUUGUGGCAGUGAUUCAGAAUAAGCAUCAAGUUUGGACUGCUGAAUGUGUAGGCAUGCAUUUGUGUCAUGACACAGCAAUGGCACAGUGCCUUCUUCUGUCCCUCUCAGGUUCUCAAAUGAAUGUAGUAUCCCAACUGACAAGGGAAGGGGUCACCUCAAACUCCAAAGGAAUUGGUUCUCAUGCUAGCACCAAAGACACUGUAUUCGUGAUAACAGAGAUGUCGGACACUCUCUGUAGUACUUUGCAUUGAAAGUUUAGUCCUUUUACUGUUACACCUAACAUCUUAGGUUCCACAACUGAAGUGAAAGAAUGCAGAGAGCCUAGUCUCCGUAGUGAUAAACUGUCUCUGUUGGCACUGGCAGCACGCUGGAGUGUGCACCACACCCAUUUAACUUGUCCAGACAUACUGAAAAACCACUGCAUAUGUACCUGAGCAGACAUAAUGUGUUUUGUCAUUUUUGUGUGGUUGGAUACGCAAUACGAAUCAGAAUGCAUAACCAGUGCCGAGGUCUGUCUCUGCAGAUGGCAUGCCUGGCAUUCUCAGGUGUUGUGACUGGUGAGGGACAUUGUCAGUGGCAUACGUAAUGCACCAUGUAUCCUCUAUGCAAUGUGUGUCACGCGGUUGGUGUGGAGGCGCCUGCCGGUGUUCUUAGCCUGUUCCUCUCUGAAGCCUGAGCCUGAGUCAAGGCCUUUGACUCUGGUCCUAGCUGACCUGUUAGUGACAAUAAACAUGGAU